AUGGGUUGUUGUAUAUCGACUGAUGAUCCAUCGAGAAGAGUUACGCGGAUGAUAGAUGAAGAUAUUGAACGUGAACGAAAAGAAUACAAUAAUACAAGUAAACUUUUAUUAUUAGGUGCUGGUGAAUCGGGCAAAUCUACCAUUGUGAAGCAAAUGAAAAUUAUUCAUGACAAUGGUUAUACACCAGAUGAAUGUUUACGUUAUCGAUCAAUAGUUUUUUCUAAUACCGUCCAAUCAAUUUUGGCAAUCAUUCGUGCUAUGGAACAGUUACAAAUUUCAUUCGAAAAUCCAGACAGACUGAAAGAUGUUGAACUUGUUGUACAACAAUCUAAUAUUGUUGAAACAUGUGAUUCAAUACCAGAAGAAUUGGCAUCAGCUAUGAAAAUGUUAUGGAUUGAUCAAGGUUUACAAACUUGUUUUCAUCGUUCAAGAGAAUAUCAGUUGAAUGAUUCUGCUGCAUAUUAUUUAAAUGAUCUUGAACGACUAUCUCAAUCUGAUUAUAAGCCCACACAACAAGAUGUUUUACGUACACGUGUAAAAACCACUGGCAUAGUUGAAACAUCGUUUGAACUAAAAAAGCAUCGAUUCAGAAUUGUUGAUGUUGGUGGACAACGAAAUGAACGAAAAAAAUGGAUACAUUGUUUCGAAGGAGUGACAGCAGUUAUUUUUUGUGUCGCAUUGAGUGAAUAUGAUUUAACGUUGGCUGAAGAUGGAACUGUGAAUCGAAUGGUGGAGAGUCUUCAAUUAUUUAAAUCAAUUGUGAAUAAUCGUUGGUUUAAACAGGCUGGAAUGAUUUUAUUUUUAAAUAAAAAGGAUUUAUAUGCUGAAAAAUUAAGGUUUUCUCCUUUGACAGUGUGCUUUCCUGAAUACACGGGGCCUAAUACUUAUGAGCAAACGAUUGCUUAUAUUCAAGAACAAUUUGAAAGACAAGAUCGACGAGAAAAAAUCAAUGGACAUUCACGAGAAAUCUAUACACAUAUUACAUGUGCAACAGAUACUGAAGCAAUGUCGUUUGUAUUUGCUGCUAUAUCAGAUAUGAUAAUUCAGAUGAAUUUAGUAGCAGCAGGAAUAUUCUAA